ACGCAGGGUGUCCAUUUGUAUACAUCCAUGCAUGAUUUAAGAGAAGCUUUUUCACCGUUGCAGCCUCUCAGAGAAGGAACAUAUCAUUUCUGCUCUGUCUUUUGGAUCAUGGUAAUGCAAGGAGUAGCUAAAGCACUACUUGUGCAUGGAAACCGACUCAAACACGCAGUUCUGCAGCACCUAAAUUUCACAGACGGUCUUGGCUUGCCCAGUUUACUAACUCGAUCUGACUCUGCUAGUUCGACUCCCAGAAUACCACAUAAAGGAUUAGAGAACAUCACAGUUUCUGAGCUUCUUAAAAGUAAGGGAGAAGAUGAAAGCCAAGUGGUAUACUUUUGUCGAACAAGCGAUGGAGUCUAUGAUGCAGUACAGAAUAUGGUAGAACACAACGUUGGUGCUUUGGUAGUGUUGAAACCUGGAGAUGACAAACUUGUCGCUGGUAUUGUCACUGAGAGAGAUUAUCUCAGGAAAAUUAUUAUGCAAGGAAAAUCUGCUACAUCGACAAGGGUUGGAGAUAUAAUGACCGAUGAGAACAAACUCAUUACUGUGAACUCAGAUACAAAUAUUGUUAAAGCAAUGCAGUUAAUGACAGACAAUCACAUUCGGCAUGUCCCAGUAAUCGACAAGAGGCUAGUUGGCAUGAUCUCAAUAGUGGAUGUUGUUCGAAUCAUAAUAGAACAGCAACAUCAGGAAGUGAAGAGUUUGAAUGAGUAUAUUAGGGGGAAUUACUAAUUAAUACUUGAACAUCCGUCCAUUGUACGUAGCAAACUGCAAAAGCUGUAUUUUAAAGA